GCCACCUGUAGGACUUGUUGGGUUCACCUGCGAAGUGAGUGUGUGGCUCUCUUCGUGGAGUACGUUAACAGGCGGAGAAAUUUGUGUAGAGCGGAACUGGAAGGGGGGUGCAGGACGUGUGCCUGAAGUUGGGGCGUCCUGUGGUCCAUCGUGGGAGGUCAGAGAUCCUGCUACCUGAGCAAGAACAUUCAAGUGACAUUUCCUGGAUGUAUAUAUCAUCAUUUCUUGGGAUACCCUUGACCAAAGACUCAGAUUUCUAAAUAAAAAUUUAAGGCACAACCAGAAGAUACUAAAGACAGAGCAUCUCAGUUAUUGGAUGUUCCUGAAGUAGAGGAAAAUGACAAAUGCCCAGGAGUCACUGACACUGGAGGAUGUGGCCGUGAGGUUCACCCAGGAGGAGUGGCAGCUCCUGGGCCCUGCUCAGAAGGACCUGUACCGGGAGGUGAUGCUGGAGAACUACAGCAACCUGGCGUCAGUGGUGUUUGAAGCCAGCAGGCCAGAUGUCCUCUCUGUGUUGGAACGAGGAGAGCCACUGUGGACAUUAGAAGAUGAAAUCCACAGUGAAGCCCAUCCAGAAAUUGAGAAAGCUGAUGAUCAUCUGCAGCAGCAAUUGCAAAACCAAAAAAGGCCAGAGAAGGUGGAACAAUAUUAUAAACAGAAUGCACUUGGAAAUGUUCAGAAGUGCAAACAUCAUUCUCCUUUAAGGCCAAAUCAUGACUUACUUGACUUACAUGGAAAAAUUUUGAAACCAAAUUUAGGUUUACCCAACCAGAGCAGAAGCUAUACCAUAAAAAAGCUUGCUGAGUUAAAUGUAGAUAGGAGAUCCUUUCUCUGUGAUACUCAUGAGCAAACUCAUACUAAAGUUGAAUCUCAUGAAAGUAGAAAACCUACCAGCACGGAAUCACAAUUCCCCAAAGACCAACAAACAUACACAAUAGAAAAAGCCCACGAAUGUGCUAAAUGUGGGGAAGCUUUCCUCGAGAAGUCUCAGCUCACUGAACAUAAGAAAAUUCAUUUAGGAAAGAAACCCCAUGAAUGUAAUACCUGUGGAGAAACUUUCUACAAGAAGUUCAACCUCAUUGAACAUCAGAGUGAACGUAAGAGAGAGAAGCCCCAUGAAUGUGGUGAAUGUGGGAAAGCCUUCUUCAGGAAAUAUCAGCUUACUCAGCAUCAGAAAAUACAUACAGGAAAUAAGCCUCAUGUGUGCCCUGAAUGUGGGAAAAGUUUUGCCAGGAAAUCACCACUCAUUGUGCAUAUGCGAAUUCAUACAGGAGAGAAACCUUAUGUAUGUAGUGAAUGUGGAAAAGACUUCAUUCAGAAAGGCAAUCUUAUGAUACAUCAACGAAUUCACACGGGAGAGAAACCCUAUGGAUGUACUGACUGUGAUAAAGCAUUCAGCCAGAAGGGCUGCCUCAUAGCACAUCAGAGAUACCACACAGGAAAGACGCCCUUUGUAUGUACUGAGUGUGGAAAAUCCUGUUCACAGAAGUCAGUGCUCAUUAGACAUCAGAGAAUUCACUCUGGAGAGAGACCCUAUAAAUGCAGUGACUGUGGGAAAGCCUUCAUUACAAAGGCAAAGCUCACUCUCCAUCAUAGAACUCACACAGGAGAGAAACCCUAUGGGUGUGAUGAGUGUGAGAAAGCCUACUCCUACAUGUCAUGCCUUGUUAAACAUAAGAGAACACACAGCAGGGAGAAAUGCAGUAAUUCAGUGGAGGUAGAAAAUUCUACAGUGAGUCACACCUUAUCAGACAGUAAUAAACUCACGCAAAGGAGAAACCCUGUUAAUACAACUUCCGUGAUCCCUGAUGCGUCAAACAUCAGUGGGCUCCUAGAAAAUCAGAAUGUGGUCCCUGUGGGACAGCCAGUGGCCAGAUGUCCACCCUCAGGAGAAAGAGGAUUUGUACCAGAGAGAAGCCUUAUGAAUGUGGUGAAUGUGGUUGUGCCUCCAGUCACUUAUUAUAUAGUAUUUUAUGUUGCAAACAUGUAGGAAAAAAAAAAAAACAUAUAUUCAAUGUGGAAAAGCCUUGCUGAAUAUCUGCUGGUGUCACCUUUGAAAUUCUAUGAAUACAGAAACUAGGAAGCCUUUUCUGAAAUAUGGACCUUGUGAAUAAUCACCAUAGAUUACCAUGGAGCUUGUAAUGAUAUAAUGGUUGGGAGGAAGCCUUUGCCCUCGAGGGGUGGGGUUACAUACUGUAGAGAAACUGGGAAGGUGGUAACUGGCAGGGCCUAAAGUGGUAUCUUCUGCCUUGCCCAUAGCAGGUAAAAUUAUAUAAAAAAAACCAGCAAACACACUGUGAAGUGCCUUUAGUAACAAUAUUUCACUGAUUUUAGGGCCGGGGAUUUAGCUCAGCAGUUCGGUGGCCUGCCUUGCAAGCGCAAGGA